AUGGCUAUUCCUAUUGGGAAAAGACUUUUCCGCAGACAGAUGCUGCUAUCUUCACUACUCUUGGGUCUUCUCCUCUUAGGGGAAAAGGCAAACAGCAUGUCACCAGAGCCUCGUAUUGUGGGCGGCUGGGAUGCCAGCAAGGUGCAGUGGCCAUGGCAGGUGAGCCUCCGGGAGCAAGGCCAGCACGUGUGUGGUGGCUCCCUCAUCAGUCACCAGUGGGUACUGACUGCUGCCCACUGUGUGCCCAGCUCCCUGAAUCCCCAGGACCUGCAGAUCCAACUGGGGGAGCAAUUCCUCUAUACCAAGCCCUACUAUUCCAUCUUAGUUCCUGUGAGUCAGAUACGGUUGCACCCCAAUUAUGAUGGGGAUGCCCUUCAUGGAAGAGACAUUGCAUUGUUGAAGAUCAGACGACCUGUGCCUUUCUCCAAAUACAUCCAGCCCAUCACCCUGGCCCCACCUGGAACUCAGAUCCCACUGAACACCCUGUGCUGGGUGACCGGCUGGGGGGAUAUCAGGGAAAAUGUGCCCCUGCCUCAGUCCUAUCCACUGCAAGAGGUAAACGUGCGCAUUGUGGAUACCCAGACGUGCCGAUCCCUCUAUGAUCCGGAGCCCAUUAAGAAUCAGAUGCUGUGUGCCGGCUACCCCCAGGAGCGUAAGAGCUUCUGUGAUGGUGACUCUGGGGGUCCUCUUGUCUGUCAACUUAAAACAAGAAGGUGGAUCCAGGUGGGUGUGGUGAGCUUCACCAGAAGCUGCACUCAGCCCCUGCUGCCAGGUGUCUACACCAGGGUUUCCUCCUACGUAUCCUGGAUCCGUCAGUACGUAACUCUGCCCUAA